AUGUUUGUGAAGAUUAGCGCUCUCGCCGCCCUGCUGCCGCUGGUGUCGGCUCUCACCAUCCAGACACCGGCCAAUUGGGAUAGCGCCAUUCAAGCCAACAUUACCUGGACAUCGGCAUCCACGGAUCCAUCCACGUGGUCGUUCGAGCUGGUCAACCCUGUCAACUUUCACAACUCGUUCGGCCUCGCCAACAACGUGGACCCUUCGACGGGUGUCUUGUUGGUCGAGCUGCCAGUCGUCCCGCCUGGAGAUGGGUACCUUCUGCAGGCGGUGAACAUUUCCAACAUCAACGACGUCUUCGCUCAGUCCGGUGACUUUGCCAUUGGUGCGACGCCAUCCACCUCGGCAGCCUCCUCAUCUUCGACUGCCGCCAGCUCCUCCAGCUCCGGAUCUGCGUCCGCGUCGACGACGGGAUCAUCCAGCGGAUCAUCUGCCUCUUCUACCGGUUCAUCGUCCUCAUCUCAGACCUCUUCGUCGAACGCGCCCUCACCUAGUUCCUUCAACGGCAACGGCGCGGCGCACAUCGAUACGAGCAUCGGUUCGUGGAUCGUCAUGGCCGUCGGCGCCGUCGCAGGUGCCUUUGUCGCUCUCUAG